CCCAGGCCGACGUGUUGUCCGGUCACGUCGCACGCGGUGUCGUCAACACCAACAAGAACCUCGUUCAUGGCUGCCGAAGCAGUUGGCCGUCGCCAUACACGCAACGCGGUGGCUUCGAGGUUUGCGUAAGCGCAUCGCCCUUUAGGUUUUGCUUGGACGAGGUGGAGGUUUCCGUCGCCCUUAGCCAUCCGCCACGAUCUCCUUUGCAGCCCCUGAUGGUCGCCCUUGCCUUCUCCUCAUCCUCGUGCCACCAUUGCCUCUCCCGGCGAGAAAGGAUUGGGGCCUCCUCUUGUCUGAUUCCGCUUUAAUGGAGUUUUAUCCUGCAACCCACCAAGCUAACAAUUUGUCGGUCAUCUCUUCAGAGAGUCCAUAUCAGCCAUUUGUUUCAAUGAAGUACUUGAUGGGUUCUCAUCUGCCAAGUCGUAUAGCUGUGGCUUAUUGUCAUAGUUGAAGUCUUAUGCUGUGAAAUAGGAUAUCUGAAAAACGUGGACUUCUGGGUUGUGGUGAACUUUGAUAAGAGCAACUGCUAAGUGUGUGUAAUGGCUGCCACUGCUCCAUCUGCUCAAAGUGCAUCUUCAAUACCUUUCUCGAAGUACGCCUCUACACAAGCUAUCUUCUUCUCCUGUUCUGACCAACAACCACCUUCUGAAAUACACAUUAAAGCUUCUGUUUUUAGCUCUCCUAGAAGUGGCAGAAAACUCAUGAUGAAGGCUUCUGUUAGGGAUGAGGUUCAUCAACCUUCAAGAGAUUGUCCACCUCUGUCCCUUCCAAAGCCUUUGUCUGCAGCAGAACUGCCAGAUUCAGACCACCACCGAUCCCAAUUGAGGGUAGCAUACCAGGGAGUUCCUGGUGCAUACAGUGAAGCUGCAGCUGGCAAGGCUUACCCCAACUGUGAACCAGUUCCUUGUGAACAAUUUGAAACUGCAUUUGCGGCUGUUGAGCGGUGGCUUGUUGACAGGGCAGUGUUGCCUAUAGAGAAUUCAUUAGGGGGAAGCAUCCAUCGGAACUAUGACCUGUUACUUCGCCAUCAUUUGCACAUUGUUGGAGAGGUGCAGUUUGCAGUGCGUCACUGCUUACUUGCAGCUCCUGGAGUGAAAUUGGAAGGUUUAAAACGCGUUCUUAGCCACCCCCAGGCACUUGCCCAAUGUGAGCUUACUCUUUCCAAGUUGGGGGUUGCAAGAGAAGCUGUGGAUGAUACUGCUGGUGCUGCACAGUUUGUUGCCAACCACAAUCUUCAAGAUACAGGUGCCGUUGCUAGUGCUAGGGCUGCAGAAAUUUAUGGGUUGAAUGUCCUUGCCAAAGACAUACAGGAUUGUUCUGACAAUGUUACACGUUUUCUGAUGUUGGCAAGGGAGCCUGUCAUCCCUGGAGUGGAUAAACCCUUCAAGACAAGCAUCGUAUUUUCACUAGAAGAGGGUCCUGGUAUUCUGUGUAAGGCGCUCGGUGUUUUUGCUACCAGGAAUAUCAACCUCACUAAGAUUGAAAGUAGGCCUUGGAGACAGCAACCGUUUCGCAUAUCUGAUGAUUGUAACAGUUCUUCCCAAAGAUAUUUCAAUUAUCUAUUUUAUGUUGAUUUUGAGGCAUCCAUGGCAGAAACGAAAGCACAAAAUGCCCUGAGGAACUUGGAGGAAUUCGCAACAUUUCUCAGAGUGCUCGGAAGUUACCCAAUGGAUGUGAAUGGUUUUGGUCAGUGAAAUGGCCAGAGAUUACGGAGGUGGAUGAGAAUGUCAAGUAAAUAUCUUGAUGAGAAAAAGAAAGUUAUUCUUGAUGCCAUUUUCUCUUAUGGAAUAAAGUUAGUUCAGUUGAUUUUUUUUUGCUUCGCUUUUGACGACCUGUUAAUUUUGCUAUUUGUGUUUUAGGCAUGUUUCCCAUCAUUUUUUUUUUUGCAGAAUUAAUUGCAUUAGCUACUUCUUGUUUUAGUUAAUGCAAAGGCAUAGUAAGUUCUCAGUAC